UGUGCCACCGUGGCCGGUGGGAGGAAAAGAAGGACUGGGAGCUCGGCGGCGGCCGCCAAUCCUCCUCCAGCGGCAGAAGGUCACCCGUUAAUCUGUCUCAAUGACAGGCACAAUUACCUUGAGACGAUUUAAUCGGAAGGAGCAGGUGCCCCAAUGCCUGGGGGAAGCAGCAGGAGGGGUUUCCCGGCGGAUUUCCCUGCUCUUGCCCUUGGGAUGAUGCUCUCUGUCUGCUCUUAGGAGCGGGAUGGUCAGCAAGGGCUGGAAGACAUCCCCGUUCUCCUGCCUGGUCUGUGCUUCCACGUCGAACGUGUUUCGUGCUCCCUAGCCCCCCUCCUUCUGGGAGCCCCCUACAAAGAUCCUCCUGAUACUCACCAGGGCUGGACCCCGGGACCAGCAGGACUCAGUAAUUUCCAGUCUGGCUCCCGAUACAGAUAAGAAAGACGGCGGAUGAAGGAGAGAUUAGUUGCUAAUCUCCCAGGGAAGAUGAAUCUGCAAGCUGGACCCCGCGGAGGGAACGCACGUGGGGGAGGAUGGGAGCCCAGUGCCAGCACAAACUUGGGAUUUUCCUGACGCUUCUUUUCAUCCUUUUCAUAGAAUCCCAGAAUGGUUUGGGUUAGAAAGGGCCUUAAAGAUCAGUCCAGCUCCAACCCCCUGCCACAGGGACACCUUACACCGGACCAAGCUGAUGGACAUGGGUUUUCUCCAGCCUUGUGUUUGCAUCAGGACGUCUCCUGUCAGGACAACAGUUUCCUCACACACAAGCACCAUGAGUUGCGGCUGCUGGUGAAGGGCUGGGUGCAGGACAGGGUGAUCAGUGCCCACCUGUGAGAAGCAGGACCCAUCUCCAACCUGCUUCCUUCCUCGGACAUCCCCAUUCUCAACGCAGCUCUCAAAGGCUCCUUUGCAUAUUUAAUUAAUGACCGAAUGAGGGUCCAGGCCUCCAACCGAGGCGCUAACUCCCGAGAAAAGCCUGAUGCCAGCUCUCUACUGGCUGUCUGCAUUUCGUGUUGGGGUGCCAGCCGUGACCCACGGAGGCUGGAGCUGCUGCUGCCGAGAAUCGCUUUCCCUGCCAAAGCUCUCGCUCCGGAGUGGCCAAGGCUCGGAGGAUUUGCAUGCUUUGGCUUAACCCUCCUGGGCACGGCGAGGCAGCGGCGGGACUCAGCCCGGAGUUACCGCGGGGAUGCACCCGGCUUUUCCUGCUGAGCCGGGCUCUCCUUUUAGCGUGGAAAAACCAACAACAGCUGAAAAACGACCGUGGCCACACCCCGGCGUUGGAGGAGCAGGCUCGAAUCGGCCCCCCCGGGCUGCAGACGCGGCCGGGCGGACGCUGCUCACAGCGUUCAUGCCCGCGGCCGCGCUCGGGGCUGAUCUGCGCCCCGAGCUAGCGGGGCACCAUGGCCGGGGGCUGGGGGGCAAAGGCGCAGGGCGGGGGGAUGCUGCUGGCUCUCCUCGGAUGGAUCAGCUCCUGCGUCACCACCUUCGUGCCACUCUGGAAGAACCUCAAUUUGGACCUGAACGAGCUGGAGGUCUGGAACAUGGGGCUCUGGCAGGUCUGCAUUACGCAGGAGGAGGGGGUGGUUGAAUGUCAAGCCCACGGCUCCUUCCUGGCGCUGCCCCCCGAGCUGCGCAUCUCUCGCCUCCUGAUGUGCCUCUCCAACGGGCUGGGGCUGCUCGGCUGUCUCCUCGCUGCCCUGGGGCUGGAGGGCUGGAGAACCUGCGAGGACAAACCUGGGCGAAAGCGCCGGCUCCUGCUUGGCGGGGGAGUCACGCUUGGCGUGGCAGGGAUCACCACCCUGGUGCCAGUCUCCUGGGUCGCCUACGACACCGUCCUCGACUUCUGGGACGAGACUGUCCCCGACAUCGUCCCCAGGUGGGAGUUUGGCGAGGCCACCUUCCUGGGGUGGUUUGCUGGAGCCUUCCUCGCCGUUGGUGGGCUGCUCCUCGCCUGCAGCACCCGCUCCACGAAGACUGCCACGCCGCUGGCCCCUGCCUGCCACCAGGCCCCUGCCUGCCACCAGGGCCCUGCUGCACCAGGGCUGCCUGGGGGCCACCACCUGCACCCCAGAAAUGCAGACUUGGUCAUCUAGGGCCUCAGGGUGCUGUGCCCUGUGCACCUCGUGGCUCUUCUGGCAGGGAGAGCUCCUGCUUGUUUCACAGGAUGAUUUGCUAUUUGCUACGGCAGCUCUGCAGGUUUCUCUCCUUCCUCUGCAUGUCUGCUUCACUUUUUCUCUGUUAAGGAGCAGCAGAUUUCCCCUCAGCACUCACCAAGCAAGUUUGGGAAGGCAACAAGCAGCAGGCAGUGCUUUGUACUGCUGGUGACACCGUGGUACCAUCACUGAUGGGUGACACUGUUGGCAUCCCUGGCGAGUCCCCUGUAGCCAAGUCUGUCGUGGCUAAUGCUGCACCCCAGUGCAGCAGCUCUUUCCUUGCAUGUCUGCGUCACUCUGAUGUAUUUGCAAUAAAUUAUCAUGUCCACUGGCAGUGUGUCUGUGCUCUGAACAUGCAGCUGUAUCUUGCAGAAGAGGGAUGCAGGGUGGGAGCUGCAUGGGGCAGCACUGCUGCUGCAGCUAUGGUUUGGUGUCUAGAAAAGACAGUUGGAAAAGAGAGAGAAAAAUGGAAAACAAGGGGGAAGGAGGAAAACGAGACAAGGCAGCACCGAGUUCUACUGCUGCUGCAAUAGUGGGAUGGCAGUGACUGUGUGCCCUGCAGGAACCUCAUCUUCUCAUGGCUAAGAUGAUAAAGCCGAUAAGUGCCGCAGACCUUUGUGUCAAAAGUUCCUCGACUGCACCAUUUACCUGCGCACAAGAGGCAAGAAAGGGUUUCUGCUGGUCUCAACCGUUCCUUCCACAUUUUCCUGAUUCAGCUGUAAAAAUAAAGGCUGAUUACACACUUCUGUGAGCAAGAGCAUGGACCAUCAGGCUGGAUUAGCACCCGGAGUCCUGACAGGGGCCUGCCUGCUGCUACAGCACUGGUUGAAAACCGAGUUCACCGCUGGUUUAAUCCCUGCAGGCUCAAAGCCGUGGGCGCGUGACCCAUCUCAAGGAAGGCCCAGCCGACAGCAGCAUUCCUGGGGGAAGCAAAGUCCGCUCCCUCUAAGUCCCAUUUUGAAACCUGCACUUUGCUCAGUUGGGAGGAGAAGAAGGAGAGGGUGGGCAAGGAAAGGGAACAGUGAUGAUCCCUGGGACUUCCGAUACUGCAGGACUGGGCACAGAAUUGGUGGUGCUGUGAGAGAAGUGGGAGAGGCAGGUGCUCAAUCCUUCCGAAAAAGAAUCAAAUGAGGUAGAACUGAGGGGGCAGUGUUCCUGGCCAUCACCUCCCAAGGAGAUGCACCCCCUGCCAGCUGCCCUUGGAGGUCUGACCACCCCAGGGAACACAGAGAGGCUGUUUUGGCUCUAACUGCCUUGGGAAAUGGGACGACACGACAGUGAGCAAAGGCUUCAAGCCUGGGAACACUCCUCCUGUCCAGCCCAGUUCAAAUGGCAUGACGUCCCUGGCACCACUCUGUACUCCUGACACUCUUCGUUGGUUCCUUAAAGCAGGUGUUAGGCAUGGCCUGGGCAUUUCAGCUUCUGGCAGCAGCACAAACAACAGAGCAAAGCCACUGUUUCGUGAAUCAGAACAAAUGGGCUCUCCUCUUCCCAAGCCCCAUCUUACUGCUUGCAAGUGCACAAAAGCUGCCUGGCAAUGCCAAGUGCUGGCUGGGAGGAAGUAGCAUGUCCAGGUGGGUGAUGGCCUGGGGGCUCUGUUCAAGAGCUCCAUGUUUCCAUUCAUCAAAGGUCAAACAGCCCAAGCAGGGAGCUGAAGGCAUCAUCCCACUGCUCUGUCACAACGAUGGGGCAAACAAGCUGAAAAAGCAGCACUCUGGCACUGCAGCACCCUGGUCCCUGAGGAGGACAGGUCGCUGCAGGAAUACUGGCAGCCAGA